AUGUCAGAACAAGAACAUAUAGUCGAGGACACCGUCCCUGCCGAAGAAUUGGCUUCCAGUUCUCCUGCUAGUCCGGAAUCAAUUGAGACUCCGGUUGCUGCUGAAAGUCAAGAGAACCAAGAGGAUGAAAAUCAAGACCGACAAAAAGACCAAGAGUCGGUGGGAACCGCCGCUGAGGACGAUUCUGAUGUUGUCCCUGCCAACGCUAUCAACGGUGGCAGAGAGACUUCAGACAAGAUCUUAUACGUUGGGAACCUGGAUAAAUCCAUCAACGAGGAAACGUUGAAACAAUACUUCCAAAUCGGCGGUCCAAUCUCAAACGUUAAAGUCAUUAACGAUAAGAACAAUAGCGUCAACUAUGCUUUUGUUGAAUAUCUACAACACCACGAUGCAGAUGUCGCGUUCAAGAACUUGAAUGGCAAAACCAUUGAAACCAAGGUUUUGAAAAUUAAUUGGGCUUUCCAGUCUCAACAGACCACAAGCGAUGAAAGUCUAUUUAACUUGUUUGUUGGUGAUUUGAACGUUGACGUUGAUGAUGAAACUUUGGGUCAUGCCUUCAGUGAAUUCCCUUCUUUCGUGCAAGCCCAUGUUAUGUGGGAUAUGCAAACAGGUAGAUCAAGAGGUUACGGUUUCAUUUCUUUCAGUAAUCAGGAAGACGCACAAACUGCAAUGGAUAAAAUGCAAUCCACAGAAUUGAACGGAAGACAGAUCAGAAUCAACUGGGCUUCAAAACGUGAAAACGCAACAAACGGUAAUGGUAAUAAUAACAAUAGAAAUAUGAAUAACCGUCGUAACAAUAACAACAGCAACAGCAACGGUCCAAGAGGAGGUUUCCGUUCAUACAACAACAAUAUGCCACCUCUACCAAUGGGUAACAUGCCAAUGAGUGCUCCACCUGCUGGUCCAGCAGUUCUGCCACCAGUAAACCCACAAGCUGUAGAUGACAUGAUCAGAAGAGCUCCUUUAAGAGUCACCACAGUUUACAUCGGUAACAUCCCACAUUUCGCUACUGAAGCUGAUUUAAUUCCAUUAUUACAAAAUUUCGGUUUUAUCCUAGAUUUUAAAUAUUAUCCAGAAAAGGGUAACUGUUUUAUUAAAUACGAUACGCAUGAACAAGCAGCAGUCUGUAUUGUCGUCUUAGCCAAUUAUCCAUUCCAAGGUAGAAACUUAAAGACAGGCUGGGGUAAAGAAAAAGCUGUUUUCAUUCCAAUGGGCCAACAACAAGGUAUGAUGAUGUCAGGUAUGCCACCUCCACCACCACAACAACAACAACAAUUUCAACAAGAUGCUUCCACACCAAUCCCAAAUGAACAACAACAGCAACAAUAA